AUGCUCAGGAAGGGCAUUGGUAAUGCCGUCAAGCCGCAGGCGCAGGACAUUGGCGUCAUCACGCCAUAUAAGGCACAGGCCAUCAGGCUGUCUGUCUGUACCGUGCAUGGAUGCCAGGGCCAAGAGAAGCCAAUAGUGGUUGGCUCCCUGGUUUGCUCCAAUGCUGACACGACCAUCGUGGCCAAUCCACAACUGCUGAAUGUGCUAAUCUCGCGAGCCAAGUCGCUAUUGAUACUGAUUGGCAAUCCGUAUACUUUGGCUAAGAAUCAAGGCUUUCGCUGUAUAAUUGAGCAAUGCAAACUGAGUGGAAACUUGUUGGGUGUGAGGAACUUUCGCAUGAAAUCUUAUACAGCAUGA